AUGUGCGCCGCGGCGGACUUUGACCCCUACGACGGCGAGAGCGAGGUCUCGGCCGCGAUGAAUUGCCCUUUCCCCAUGAAGAAACCAUGGAAACUAUCGCGCUCACGGGAGCUCUUUCCUUCUCUUUCCCUUUUGCAGGAGGGCGCUGAGGCGUCGGAGGAGCAGAGGAGGCCGCCUCCUCGCUCCGGCUCCAAGCGGAGCCGGGCGGCUGAGGUCCAUAACCUCUCUGAGAAGGUUCCCAUCCUCCCCACUUCUCCCUUAGAUUUUCAUAGACUUCCUCUCGUACUUUGUUCUGUCCCUCAUUCUGUCUCAUCGAUCAGAGGAGGAGAAGCAGAAUCAACGAGAAGAUGAAGGCACUGCAGAAUCUGAUCCCCAACUCCAACAAGGUAAGUGGCUGGGCUCCCAGUCAGAUCCCGCCUUUUUCUCCGUCACUGUCUGUCGAUUCACUUCUCUGCCGUGGCAGACGGAUAAGGCUUCCAUGCUCGAUGAGGCUAUCGAGUACCUGAAGCAGCUUCAGCUCCAAGUACAGGCGAGUACUUCCACCUGUCUAUCAAGUCAGAUACUCUCUUGUGAUUUUUAAAUGUUUAUUGGUAACGGUAACCAUGUUUGAAUUUCAUCUGAUCUUUCCAAUCAUUCACAUAAACAAUUAAACUUCACAGAGAUUAAAAUCUCAAAUCUGCUUCAUCUUUCUCUUUGAGCUGACUUCAUGUCCUUGAUCUGUCUUAACCUCUUAGUCGUCUUCUUCCUCAGUUUUUCAUAUGAUAAACUUUCGCAUGCUGGUCUAGACAUGACAAUUUUCGUCCUUGACCCUGAUCUGACAUUAUGCGUUACAGUGAUAAUUACCAGAAGUACGAUUGUGCAGGAUCAUACAGAACCCUUCUCAUUAUUUUACUCUAUUGUCUUAUAGAACCAUCAUUCUGUUGAUCUCUUUUUUCACUAGUUGAGUUUCGUCUGGUGUAGGCAGCCGCCAUCAACUUCAUGACAUUUAGUGUAAACAAGGGAUAUGACGAAUAAUCUUAGAUUAUUACGUUAGAAAUAUGAACUGGGUUGCUCUUAUAACAGGCAAGCUGGCUAUCUACACAGAAUAUUUAUGAGUCAGUUUAUUCGUUUUUAACAGGUUUUCUUUGUCUGUUUAUAUCCGCAGAUUUGUCUCUACUUCUCUUAAUGGCCAUGAAAUUGUUCAUUUCCUACAUCUCUGUCUCCUUCAUGUUCCCCUCUCUUCUUAUUUAUUUCGUAAAUUAUUGGAAAGUAUGGAUCCUGUCUCUUUGAUCAAACAUUGUAGAACUGGAAACGAACUAUGAAGGGUCGAUCCUCUCGGAAUUAUGUGCGAUUUUUGAAGAUAGUGAUUGGGGGUGUCUAUAUCAUAUGCAGGCUUGUAUCUCUAUUUUCUUUGUCCAUUUCUCUAUCUUACCGUUUCUUCCAUGGUAUGCGGUUUUUUCUUUGUGUGCUUACCUUCUUCCACAUUCUUUGUAUUUUCGUGCAAGUUUUCUGACACCUGUCAGAUGGAAAUAGAAUAAUACUAUCGACCUUAUUCCAACAUCAAAAUGGGAUGAUGUUCUGUUACAUGCAGUAAAGCAAGUGCAACCGUUUCCAUUCUAGUCAUUAAUGAUAUUAUGUUCAAGUCUCACUUCUUCUUUCUUAACUGUAGUUAGGAGGAUUUAAGCCCUCUGGCAACCAAGGUUGGUGUGCGAUAGUCAUAGAGGUUAAUCAAACUUUCAGGCCAGAAAACAAAUAAAUUAAAUUAAUAAACUCUAAUGACUACAUUUGAAGGAAUGACCCUUUUCAAUGUUUAAUUUUAUAUUUUUUUCUGCAGUUCAUGAUGUAUUUACACCAAUAAAAUAAAAUGACUCCCAAGGUUUAGUAUAUUUUGCAUUCUAACUUUGGCAUUGUUCUUAAAUAUUAAGCAUUCGAUGAGAAUUAAUCUUGUUCUAUAUUCGAAAAGGAUUGAGGAUUCUCUUAUUUUAAAAAUUCUUCAUCAUGUCUAUUCGCCAUCCUCCCAGUUGGUCAAACUCAUCUUACUUUCUUUCUCUACUCUUUCUGAUGCAUUAUAUAACAAUACUAGUUAGUAGAAAUUGGCCUCGAGGGUUCAAAUCUCUAUUCAAUGCUUAGGUGAAGAAGAAACUCGUGAAACGAACAGGAAGAGUCACGCCUUUGUGACAGCAAUUUUAGUGUGCUCAGUUUCUCCUUUUGUCAGCUUUUUACGUCCAGAACAUAUUGGGUGGUUUGCGGCUCUCUAUUGCUGUCAGAAUAUCUCUAUUGAUGGCGCCAUUAAUCACGUGAAUAAGUGGGCACCUUCUGACUUUCCCCUUUGUCACCUACAUUGCAUGGGUUGCAUUUCUCAUAUCGCUCCAUGUACUAAUAAUGCCUCCAGAUUUGCCUUUGGAGACCUCCUCAUGACGCUUGCCAAUGGAAUCCGUUUGGGAUUAUUACUAUUUCCGUUUCCUCUACACUCUCCUAUAAAAAUGCUUUUGGCCUGAGUUCUCUCUUCCAUCAAAAUAUUUCCUCUAGUGUUAUUUGGAUUGGAAAAUAAAAGGAAUUUCCACGUUCGAAGAAGAUGAGUUCACAUAAAUCUUCGUACAUUAGAUUUUGUGUCAAUAGAAUUGCCAUUUCUCACAAAAUCCAAGAAUCUAUUCAGCUGUUGGGUUGUGGUGAUGCUGUUUUCUUGCACUGGAUCCUUAACAUCUUGCCCCCUGAGAUGUUACACAGAAAAGAUGUAGGAAACCUAAUGGCAAAUAACAUAGUUUGACAUAUUUGAUGUAAUUAAUUUCAAAUCAUCCUGAGGAGGUUCCUGGGGACUGUGAUGUCUAUUUUUACCAUAUCUCUUGUGCAAUCAAGGGUUGGGACUUCGUAGCCUUUUCUGUAUUUGGGCUGCAUGUCUCAUUUUGCUACUUCUUCCUAACUUGUUUAAGUGCGUUCUCUCUUGAGAUUUAGGUGAUCAUUUCUUAAUGACAUCAUACUGAUAUAUCAAGAUGGAGGAGGUGUGCAGUUUCUGCAUUUCUUGACUUGUUCCUUAAACUAUCCAAACCUGGUAAAUUUUGGGCUGGAGAAGAAAUUUCAGUUCUGUAAUCCAGUGAUAUGUGUAGAACAUAUGCUAUUGCUGUUCUUUGUCAAUUUCAAUACGGUAAGAUAAAUCUUGGAUCCUUUCCUUUUCAUGACUGGCCCUUGUCAUCAUUUUUAUCAUUCUAUUCUAAAGAAAUCCUUAGAAUAGUGUACUAGUCUAGUGAUCUUUCUACCUCAUGCUGCCUCUGUCUGAUUUAUGAGGAUGCUGGAUCCAUAUUUACUACCACAGAAAAAUAAGAACUUAUGUCAACUUUUUGGUAUAGCACCAACAUUAGAUUUGCACCGCAAACAUUUUAAUUUUUGAUAAGGUGAUUAGGAGAUAAAAAUAUCAAGCAAGGUUGAUGGGUUACACAUUUUUCAAUGGUAUAUGUUUCUAAUUAUUGCUACGAUUGAAUUCUUUUCUAGUAGUUCUUAAGCUUCUUGAACGUUUUCCUGGGCAGAUGCUGUCAAUGCGAAACGGGCUGAGUCUACAGCCCAUGUAUCUCCCCCGCACCUUGCCAGCUCUUCAAUCUUCACACAUACGCAUGGGUCUCACUCCGGAUGGUGGUUCACUCAUAAACAUGGGAGUCGACAUGAUGCCGGCGAACCAAGAUUCCUCUGUGCAUGGCGCAUCCUCCCAGCAGCACAUGAUGCCUACUGUGGCAGCCAUCCCAAGUCCAGUGGCCUCCCUUGGGAUCGAGAGCUCACAGUUCCACCCCUUCCGCUUUUCAGUGCCACACGAGGUACAUCGUUUCUCUGGUUCCUCUUCCGAUUAUAGUAACAGGUUGCAGAACGUCUUGGCGAGGCUAAUGCAUUCAAGUUUGGUGCUUUGAACGUGUUGUGAAGGAGAUAUUUGAGCAGAGUCGGGUAGAUGCUGACCAUGGUGAUGGGAACAUACGUGGUGGGUCCCACCGGGCACAAGCUAGCUACUAACCUCGAAUGUUUUUUUUUUUCUUCCCUUUAGAGGACACUAUGAGAUUGACCUCCAUGACUGAUGGGCAGGCGCCAUUGCUGGGCGGAGUGGGCAGUCUCAGGGCGGCGGCAUGCAUGCUGGGAAGCAGUGGAAGGCCUGAAGAGAUUAUCGUGUUCAGGCUUUACAGAGGUAUUUUGGUUCAAUCAAGUUGCUCCUCUGGUGCCCAGUUUGUCUGAGUCGAGAUUCUUCUCAUUGGGACGGCUUCUUUCUUUCCAUUUUUAUUUUUUUUUCCUUUUCUGGCUCAGCGAUCGGAAAAGUGCCCUCGCAUGAGGUGACUAACAUAAAAGGCUGGAAUUCUACGAGCAGGACGACUAGGCAGCUGCUGUGAGUAGCUUCCCGUUAUUUUUGGACGGGCGAGCACUGUGGAUAAGUCUUCACAAAGAAUUAAGUAAGGGUUUAGGUUCACUGAUGACGAGUUCCGUCCAUGUAAAAACAGUUAAACAGAGACGUGGUUGAAUCGAAAUCUAUAUAGAGAAAAUGUGCCUUUUUUCUUUCUUCUUCUGAGGAGCUCAGCUUCCGCCUUUCGGACUCUCUUUUCGGAGCAAGGACCGAGUUGCACCCCUCAUGAAUGCCAAUGCGAGCUGAACUGAGCUGCCUAAAAGGGCUACAGUGCCCCCCGCUGUCGGUUGACCUCUGGAUCUCGCAGGUGGAGAAGCCAGCCAUGGAAGGGAGAAGGGAGAAACGGCCCCAGAAGUAUCGGAUCGCGAGACGAUGACGAGGGCAUGCAUUAAUGGCGGGCACUUUAUGAACAUUGCGCAGGACCUUCCUUGGCUGUCGUUCGUCGAUAGCCCAUCCGGAUCGACGAUGACAACGAGGACGGCAGCAGUAGCAGCAAGAACUAGAGCAACAACAGAGUUUCAGAUGCCGGCUUCGACGAGCAGGACGAAAGAGGACCUGUGUGGUAUGGUGGAGCCGGCCUUCUGAAUCCAUGGGGCCAGUGAGUUCCAACUCAAACGAGGCAGAAGGGCCUCUUCUUGCAGAUCGGGGAGACGUUCCUCUGCGUCAGCCAUCUCCCAACGCAGCCAGCGGCGCCACCAAGCGUCCGUCUUCUCCCUAAAAUAACCUGGCAGAUGCAGCAGAUUAGAUGUAAGCGCGUGGAAGGGAACCAAAUGAGCGAGUACUGCACCUCUCUCUCUCUCUCUCUCUCUCUCUCUCACACACACAUACAGCCACAUUCAGCAGCAGCUAAGAGGUAAGCAGUAAAAAAGAGUAAGAGGAAGGAGAGCAGCGUCCUCUGAUCUCAUAGGACUCUGCACAUCUCCGGGGCCCGAAGAAAGCCUGGUGUCUCGUAGAUGUGCAGAGUCCUUAUGAGUUCAGAGGACGAAAGCUCGGGCUACUCUACAUAUCGCCGGCGAGGGAAUGCAGCUCGGAAUCUACCCUAUUCCUCUUCCUGCCGAUCAGAGAGAAUGAACACGGGGACGCCUCCGGGGCUACCCCACAUCAUGGGGAGCAAGUGGAGAGCGGAAGAGAGAGAAAAAGAGAGAGAGAAGAGAGGGAUGGGAGCCGGCGACGGCGACGGCGACGGCGGGCAGAGUAGAGGUGUAUAUAACGCAGGAAGAGGAAGUCUCCAGAAAGAUAGGGUAUUAGGGAGGAGGGAAGGGCUCCUAAAACCGAGCCCGUAUCCUCCCUUCUCGAGUUGUUGCCGUAUCUUUAUUUCCCCAGAUUCCAAAACGGCGAAAAACCGGUGUACCUUGUAAGUUUAUAGCCGUCGCCACCCACAAAAAUGGGAAAACGUCUGCAGAAUUUCCCUUUCUUGAAGAAGAAGGGCCGCAUCAUUGCUCUGUGCUCCGCCGAACCCACUUAAGUGCUGCUCUCUGCUGCUGCAACGGGGGGAUACGCCGGAUCUUUUCUUCUUGUUUUUUUUUUCAGUAGCGCGCAGAGGGUGUAAUACAGUCGUUGUGCACCCCACCUACCCCACGGACAUGGAGAUCUGCAGAUUUUCUUUCUCUUGAAGAAGAAGGGCCACGCAAUUACUCCGCGGCGCCGUGGUAAAACAAUGAGAUUAUUUGGUUUUCUCUCCUCUAUGCCGCUGCUUAAUUUAUACCGAAAUAAAUCUCUACUGGUUAAAAUAUUAUCUCAUCACUUGAAUGACUUGGACAUGUUAAUUAAUUGUUUUAAUAUUAUCAAUUUUGAAUGAAUCUUUUAGCUGAAAUUACACGUGGGGAUAAGCUCAAUAAUCAAUAGUUUGUGAUCAAAUAAUCGUAGUUAGAACCUAAGAACAAUAGUUCAUGUUAAAUGGGAUGUAGGACAUGAGCUGAAUCACUUUAUAGUACCUUGGUCAUACUUUGUCGAUUUAGAAAGACCCUAGAAAUUAAGAAGUCAAAGAGAAGAUCGAUUGAACAAAUCAGAAGUCAAAGAAAGACAAAGGGGAUCUUAUCAUAAAGAUAUUAGAAAUUGAUCAGUUAAAUCUCCCUUCUUAAUUUCAAUACAAUCCAAAACGUAAUACGAAUGAUGUGCUAGUAACAUUGUGAACCAUUUUCUUGCAUUGAUAAAGUCAACUACCUGCACAAAUAGGUCAUGCACUUCUCCGAAUUCCAAUGAUGUCCAUAAUUUUUCAUUUUAUGCUUAUUAUGGUACCUUGUAUAUGCUUUAUUGUAUGUAACCUUCUUCUAGGAAACUGUAAUUUCACCACCUUAAUUUCAAUCUAACUUGACAAGACUUCAUCUCCUAUCGUAUAAGAGUUUUGAUGCUUCCAUGAAGUCAAAAUAUUUAUUUUAA